CCAUCAACGACGACAACACCUCCAGAGCUCAAUCGCAGCACCCACAACCACAGACAAAGUCUACGGCCACACCGACAACCAAACACAAAAUGUUCGCGCGACCCGCCCACCGCGCAACCACCUCCCUCCUCGCCACAACACCAACCCUCACUCGCGCCCUCCACGCCCGCAUCCCGCCCCAGCCAAUCCCGGCACCAACCCCAUUCGUCCCCGACGCGCCGACCUUCCUCUCCCUAAUCGGACGCAACCUCUCCCAACACGCGUCGAAGAUCCCGACCUGGGAAUCGCUAUUCCGCCUCACCUCUCCCCAGCUGCGUGACCUAGGCGUCGAGCCCGCGCGCGCGCGCAGAUAUCUGUUAGCGUGGAGAGACAGAUUUCGGAGGGGGGAGUAUGGGCCGGGGGGUGAUGCGAGGGUGGUGGAGGAGGGGGUUGCGAGGUUGAUGGUUGUGGAGGUUGGGGGGGGACCAGCAGUAGGGACGGCGACGAGGACGGCGGGGAUGAAGAGGGUGGUUGUUAAUGGGGAGGAGGAGAUUAAGGGGGUGAGGGUUAGGGGGGCGCAGAGGGUGGUGGGGAAGCAUGUGUUGCCGAUUAAGGGGGGGGCGCAGAUUAAGGCGUCGGAGGGGUUGUGGGAGAUUAGGAGGGGCAGGAAGAUUGAUGGGGGGGAGAGGAGGAGGGCGGAGGUUAGGUCGAAGAGGAGGGCUGCGGAGAGGAAGGAGGCGAGGAAGUAG